CAACGGCGAUAUUCGUAAUGAACCUCAACGCCGAGAGGUUCAAAGAAGAGUGUCCGGAGGCGGUCGCAGCCAUAAGAAACAAACACUAUAUGGACGACUACAUAGACAGCUUCGAGACAUUAGAAAAGGCUAAGGAAAUCGCCAAACAAGUCCGAAGAAUCCACAGCGAAGCCCACUUCGAACUCAAGAAAUGGGCCUCGAACUCGCCCGAACUAUUGAAGGCCCUGGGCGAGAAGUCAAGCAGCGAAACAGUCAACAUUCAAGACAAGCACGAGAGAGUCCUCGGGUUAAUCUGGCGUCCAAAAGAAGAUCAAUUGGCCUUCGAUCUGCGCCUCGUCGACGUCCCACCGAGCCUGCUGCAAGACGAAGUUCCUACGAAACGUCAAGCCUUAAAGAUUGUUAUGUCGGUUUUUGAUCCCUUAGGACUCCUCUCUCCGCUGACAAUCAAGCCGAAGCAGCUGCUGCAGGAAGUCUGGAGACGCGGAACGCCGUGGGACGACCGACUCGACGCAGACAUAGCCGCCAGUUGGAGCAGAUGCGUCUUCACAGACGCCAGUGAAUCGGCGUAUGCAGCGGUCCUGUACUGGCGCACCGUGGACAGCGACGGGACAACUGCGGUGACACUACUCACUGCGAAGGCGAAAAUGGCACCACUCAAGCUGCUUUCGAUCCCGCGAAUGGAGCUGCAAGCCGCGGUUCUCGGGACACGGAUGGCGAUGGCAGAAAAUGAACACCAACGCAAGCCGGACUCGACCACGUUCUGGACGGACAGCCGAACAACUCUGUGCUGGAUCCGCACGGGUGCUCGAGCCUUCAAGCCAUACGUCGCGCACCGCAUCGCAGCCAUUGAAGAGGGCAGCAGAGUUCCGGAGUGGAGAUGGGUGCCUACGAAGUGGAACGUGGCCGACGACGCAACACGCGGCACGCCAGCAGACUUCGGCGCCGAGCAUCGUUGGUUCCACGGUCCUGAUUUCCUGCGCGAAAAACCCGAAGCCUGGCCAAUAGAAAAGGACCCUCAGCCCGCGCACACUACGGGCGAGGAAAGGAGCCACGCCGUAUUCGCCAUCGCUCAAAAACAACACUUGAGCGAUGCCAUACCGGACGUGCAACGCUUCUCAUCGUGGCUGCGUUAUCUGCGAGCGACAGCAAGAGUUCUACAAGCCAUCCAGAUACUACGCCAGCGGACGCAGAGAAUACACUACAAAAGAACGAAGAAACGUCCCAGCCAAGAUCCGGAUUGGAAAAACAACAAGGCGAGCGACGCAAAGCAACCCAAACCCGCUGUGAGCAAGAGGAGCGACUUCGUGAUAUUGCCCGCCGAGCUACAGCAUCGCGCCGAGACGCUAAUCAUAAGAGCGUCGCAAGAAGAAACCUUCGAAGCCGAGUUGCGUGCACUAACAAACGGCACGCAACUACCCCGAGACAGCCGGCUCUAUCCCCUCAGCACUCACAUAUCUGAGGGGAUCAUAAGGCUCAAGAGUCGAAUCACCGCCGCCAUCGGAGUCUCAGAGGAUAUGAAGAAUCCGCCGAUAGUGGACGGCGGACACCUCGCAACUAAGCUGUGGAUAAAACACAUUCACGAGCUAUUGCAUCACGCCGGCACCGAAAGUACGGUAAAUCAAUGCCGACAAUACCGUUGGGUUAUACGACUGCGACCCACGGUGAAAGAAAUCGUCUCAAGAUGCCUGAAGUGCCGAAUGAAGACGGUCAACCCGCCGCAGCCGAUCACCGGAGACCUGCCGCCCUGCAGAUUGGCACACCACCAGAGACCGUUCACCUACACCGGUCUCGACUACUUCGGCCCGCUGACAAUAACCGUCGGCAGGGCGCACCAGAAGCGAUACGUGGCGCUCUUCACGUGCCUCACCGUUCGAGCAGUGCAUUUGGAGAUCGUGCAUUCUCUGAGCACGGACUCCGCCAUCAUGGCGUUGAGACGAAUGAUCGCACGCCGCGGAUGCCCCGCGGAGAUAUGGAGUGACAACGCGACGAACUUCCACGGCGCAGAAAAGGAGCUGCGACACAUGCUGCAGGACGGCGCGGAACGAGAGGCAUCAAGAAGAGCCAUACGAUGGCGCUUCAUCCCUCCAGGAGCGCCAUUCAUGGGAGGCGCCUGGGAGAGACUUGUGCGAUCCGUAAAGACCGCACUCACCGUGGUCUUACGAGAAAAGCACCCAAGAGAAGAAACACUCAGCACGCUGCUCGCCGAGGUCGAGAACACCGUGAACAGCCGCCCGCUGACACACGUCUCGGUCAGCCCUGAAGACCCGGAAGCUCUGACACCCAACCACUUCUUGUUGGGUUGCCAGGGACCGAUCGCCACACCGGGAUUCUCCGAGGACUACGGCUACGGGUCAAACAUCAAUCUACGCGCAGCGCAACAGUUAGCCAACGAAUUCUGGGCGCGAUGGCUAAAAGAAUAUUUACCGGAGCUGCGAAACCGGCGGGAGCCGCAUGGAAGAGGACCGACGCUUCACACAGGCGACCUGGUGCGGAUCGUCGACGGCAACUUACCAAGGAACGCGUGGGUACGAGGCAAGAUCAUCGCGACUCACCCGGGACCGGACGGCAUCGUGCGCACCGUGGACAUCGCAACGAGAGGCGGAGUCCUACGAAGACCGACGAAAAGGUCAUAGUAAUCCUGCCGGCCUGCGAAACAGCGACCUGCACCCGUCAAGGAGAUGUAUCGCCCCCAGCAGGCGAUACACGGCGGGAGGAUGUGCAGGAUGAUUAAACAUUCAGCGAAAAUUAAAAAUGCAGGGUGACCGAUAUACGCAGGCGAAGAAAACAAGAGAGAGGGAAAUGUCUUCCGUCUCGACCACACACACAAGAAGCGAGAGGGCAACAUCUUCCGUCUCGACCACACACACACGGAGCGAGAGAGAAACAUCUUCCGUCUCGCUCACACACGCCGCCUACGUGAAGGCGCCGCCCGCGCGCUCUGAUUGGCCGAGCCGCGCCCACGCAUGCAGCGCUCCGACUCCGAGGUGCGGGACUCAAGAGCUCGAUAUAAAUGAGCGAAUUCACCCCGACCAGUGCAGUUAGUUCGAGAUCGCCGACAAGACAGCAAGUUCAGAAAAGGAAAAGGAAAACUCAAGAAAGUGAACAAUUCAAGAUAGUGAAGAAUUCAAGAUAGUGAAGAAUUCAAGAUAGUGUGAACGCCGCCGCGUUAUUCGAGUUUUACCUGUAAACUUGGAUGAUUCAAUAAAGCUUUGAUUUUUAAUCUAA